AAAUCGCUAUCAGCUGACAGGGUUUAGUAUAAAUAGUCUUUGAGGAGUCACAGUUGGCACUCAUUAGCAGCCGAAGCAUAAGACAUAAUGGAUUUCAACACCGCCGCCGAGAAAGCCAAGAACUUCACUAAGACCCCCACGAACGACGAGUUCCUGGAGUUCUACGGUCUCUACAAGCAGGCCACAGUCGGUGACAAUAACACGGCUGAGCCAGGUGCAUUGGAUCUGAAGGCCAAGGCCAAGUGGAAUGCAUGGACCAAGAACAAGGGUCUGUCCCAGGAUGCCGCCAAGGCUGCCUACAUUGCCACCUAUGAGAAAUAUGCACCCAAAUACGCUUAAAUCAUUUUACUUUACG